GGGGGAGUUUGCAGAGCAGACAAAAUGCGAAGCUCUCCCCGCAAGUGUUUGUGCAGGAGGCGGGUGGACGCAGUUCGUGAGAGACCGAGGUAGAGAACGGUGAGGGGGCGGCCAAAGUGGAGAGGGGUCAGCAGCAGCCAGAGCAUGCUCUCCACGCAACAGUUCCCUGCCCUGCCUGCGGAGGAGGAGCGCUACCGGCAGGUCCUCUCCGCCAGCCGGGUCUUAGGAACAGAUGAGGAUACUAUGGGGGAUGGCUGCUCUCAGAAACUGGCUUCUGCCAAGUUCCUUCGACUGUUGCUCCUAAUACUGAUUCCAUGCAUCUGUGCCCUUAUCCUUUUGCUGGUGAUCCUGCUUACCUUUGUAGGAGUGUUAGAAAAAACAUGCUUUUAUUCAAAUGGAAGUGAGAGACUCACAGUUAAUGGUGACCUUGAAAUGUCUCCUGAUCUUUUGCCAAAUAUGGUUGAAAAUAGUUCUGAGACUGAUUCCACAGUGGAUCUCAGCACACAGCCCUCUUCUUGGACCACCACACCUUUAUCCCACAUUGACCGAAUGAACAAGAACUCAAAUAUAUUUAGAGAGUCUUUCCAGGAAAAUUCCUUUGGUCCCCCAACUCAAGCCACAGUGCUCAGUCAUCAGCCUGCCUCUGAAACUGUUUUGGCAGAGGGCUCUGAAGACAACACCCGGCUGUUUGCCACUGCAGAGGAGAUGACAUUGUGGCCUACAGAUGCUUCUUUUAACAACACAGAGAGGAUGACCACUCUGCCCAUAUUAAGUCCUACUCAUCCGUCUAUGUCACAAAAAAUGGAUCAGAAAAAAAGUGCCUGCAGAAAUAUCACCAACAGCCAGUGCCAAAUGCUGCCAUAUAACUACACCACUGUAACUUCAGUUCUUUCCAUUGUCAAAAGUAUUGAAAUGGAAAAGUUCCUGAAGUUCUUCAGUUACCUCAAUCGUCUCAACUGCUAUCAACACAUCAUGCUGUUUGGCUGCAGUCUCGCUCUUCCUGAAUGCAUCAGUGAUGGUGAUGACAGUCGAGGCCUCUUGCCCUGCAGGACGUUUUGUGAGGCAGCAAAAGAAGGCUGUGAACCAGUGCUGGGUAUGGUGAAUGCUUCUUGGCCAGACUUCUUGAAGUGCUCUCAAUUCCAGAACAAAACUGAGAAUGACACCACUACAAGGGUAUGCUUCUCACCACACCAAGAAAAAGGAAAGCAGUCACUGUGUGGAGGAGAGGAGAGUUUCUUGUGUGCCAGUGGGAUCUGCAUCCCAGGGAAACUGCAGUGUAAUGGCUACAACGACUGUGAUGAUUGGAGUGAUGAGGUCCAUUGUAAUUGCAGCACUGAUGUAUUUCGCUGCGAGACGGGAAAAUGCCUCAAUUAUACCUUUGUUUGUGAUGGAUACGAUGACUGUGGAGACCUUAGUGAUGAGCAAAAUUGUGAUUGCAAUCCAGUGACACAUCACCAGUGUGGAGAUGGGAGAUGUAUAACAGCUGAUUGGGUAUGUGAUGGUGACCAUGACUGUGUAGACAAAUCAGAUGAGAUCAAUUGCUCAUGUCACAGUCAGGGUCUGGUGGAGUGCAGAAAUGGGCAGUGCAUUCCUAGUGCAUUCCAGUGUGAUGGAGAUAAUGAUUGUAAAGAUGGAAGUGAUGAAGAAAACUGCAGUGAAAAUCAAACCCUCUGUCAGGAGGGAGACCAGAGGUGCUCUUCCUGCCCUGAUCCCUGUGGAGCUUCUCCCUGUGAGAUGAGAAACAGCCAGACAAACUGCAGCCAGUGUGAACCAAUUACUCUGGAACUUUGUAUGAACUUGCCUUACAACUAUACUUAUUACCCAAACUACCUGGGCCACAGGACACAGAAGGAAGCCUCUAUCAGCUGGGAGUCCUCCCUUUUCCCAGCUUUGGUUCAGACCAACUGCUACAAGUACCUGAUGUUUUUUGCCUGUACAAUCUUAGUACCAAAAUGUGACCCCCAUACAAAUCAGCGGAUCCCACCUUGCAGGACAUUGUGUGUACAGUCUAAGGAGCGCUGUGAGGCUGUGCUUGGGAUUGUAGGUCUGCAGUGGCCAGAAGAUACAGACUGCACUCAGUUUCCAGAUGAGAACUCGGACAACCAAACCUGUCUAACACCAGAUGAAGAUGUAGAAGAGUGCUCACCCAGUCACUUCCAGUGCCGCUCGGGGCGGUGUGUCCUGGCGUCCCGGAGGUGCGACGGCCAGGCUGACUGCGAGGAUGACAGUGACGAGGACAGCUGUGGUUGUAGAGAAAGAGGUCUUUGGGAGUGUCCUUUGAAGAAGCUGUGCAUCAAGCACACCAUGAUCUGUGAUGGUUUCCCAGACUGCCCUGACAUGAUGGAUGAAAAGAAUUGCUCAUUUUGUGACGAGAGUGAACUUGAAUGUGCCAACCAUGAGUGUGUGCCCCGUGAACUCUGGUGUGAUGGGCAGGCAGACUGCACUGACAGCUCAGAUGAAUGGGACUGUGUUACACUGUCUAAAAACAGGAAUUCCUUGAUGCUCCUGACCGUUCACAGGUCAGCUGCUGAUAACCAUGUUUGUGCUGAUGAGUGGCAAGAAAACCUAAGCCAACUGGCCUGCAAUCAGAUGGGUUUAGGAGGACCAUCCAAAACAGAAAUUGUAAUAGAGAGUGAGGAAAUGCGGGACCAAAAAUGGCUGAAUCUGCACCCAGAUUGGAAGAAUAAAAAUGCAUCCACUUUACAUGCACUUCUAGUGAAUGGACAGACGUGUCAAAGCAGAAGCAAAGUGGCUCUCUUUUGCACUAAAGAAGAGUGCGGCCGCCGCCCCGCCGCCCGCAUGAGCAAGCGCAUCCUGGGCGGCAGGACCAGCCGGCCGGGCCGCUGGCCCUGGCAGUGCUCCCUGCAGAGCGAGCCCAGCGGGCACAUCUGCGGCUGCGUCCUCAUCGCCAGGAGAUGGGUCCUGACUGUAGCACACUGCUUCGAAGGAAGAGAAAAUGCAGCUGUCUGGAAAGUAGUGUUUGGGAUCAGCAAUCUUGAUCACCCAUCAAGUUUCAUGCAGACCCGACUAGUGAGGACCAUCAUCCUCCAUCCACGCUACAACAGAGCAGUUGUAGACUAUGACAUCAGCAUUGUGGAACUAGAUGAGGACAUCAACGAGACAAGCUAUGUAAGACCUGUCUGCUUGCCCAGCAAGAACCAGUUGGUUCAGCCAGACACCUACUGCUACAUCACGGGCUGGGGACAUAUGGGCAACAAAAUGCCUUUCAAGCUUCAAGAAGGAGAGGUUCGCAUAAUUUCCUUAGAACAAUGCCAGUCAUAUUUUGACAUGAAAAUCAUCACCAGCAGGAUGCUAUGUGCUGGCUACGAAUCUGGCACUGUGGACUCUUGCAUGGGUGACAGUGGAGGACCACUUGUGUGUGAGCAUACUGCCGGGCACUGGACUUUGUUUGGUUUAACAUCUUGGGGCUCUGUCUGCUUUUCCAAGGUUUUGGGACCUGGAGUUUACAGCAACGUGUCACAUUUUAUUGAGUGGAUUGAAAGACAAAUAUACAUCCACACCUUUCUGCUAAACUAACUCCAGAUGGUAAGAAUUGUGCUGGCAGACAAAAGA